GGGUUUCCACUCGGUGGGAACUUGAAAACAGAAAUACCCUGACCCCUCUAGCCGAGUCAUUUCACAUCUCACAGCAUUAAUCGUUUAAUACCGGCACUAGAAACCACAUUACGCCUCACAUUUUUACAAUUACUCACUUAGCAAUUAGCCAGCACCCCUUAUAAAUGGUACAGUACACAUAACAUAACUUCCCAAACAAAAAUGGCACAUGAGUGUUUGUGAGGUGUGUUGAUAUCGAAAACGAAACCUAACAACAGUGUGGGGCCGACGCUGCUAACUGGAAAGCUGUAGUAGCACGACCCGUUAGUUUCCUCGGACAUGGCACUGCAGAUAGCAGCUCGAGUUUCACGUAUCAGAGCCAUCCCGUGCUCCACCGGCGGCCCUCUGACUCGUGUCCCUGCUGACGUUCAGAGUUCCGGUGUCAAGUUCAAACAUAUUUUAACUCCUGGAAGCCCCCAGCUGGGACGGGGGGCAGCAACAAGUGCUCCCCGCAGCCAUAUUUACCCUGACAAGCUCUCAACGACAACAACACUUUGGCGAGCCAGCCGGGGCAGCUAUUCCUCUAUACCCCAAGUGAAGAGAGGCUGGCUGGGCACGUUCGCCGUUGGUACUGCCCUCGGAGUGAGCACAGCCGUGCUGGUCCAGUCUCUCCACACCGGAGCUUUCACCGCCAUGGCCCUUAAAGUUAACCUGGACUCCGCUGUGGGUGACUGGAAAGAGACCAAGGACUUCCUGCUGUCUCUGAGUGUGAAGGACAGGCGUCAGUACUACAGGACAGCAAGCUCUGUGGCACUGAAUGAGAUCCCAGUGUGGACUCCCACUGCAGGUGGUCCAGAGCCAAGUCGCUACGGGAGGAAUGAAAAAUUGGACCAGAAGAUUUCCGUUCAUGAUGGUGACAUCACCAAGCUUGAGAUAGACGCAAUAGUCAAUGCAGCCAACAGUACUCUGCUCGGUGGAGGUGGAGUGGACGGAGCAAUCCACCGCGCAGCUGGUCCCAUGCUAAAAAAGGAGUGCGCUUCGCUCAACGGCUGUGAGACAGGAGAGGCCAAGAUUACCUGUGGCUACGGCCUUCCUGCAAAGUAUGUGAUUCACACAGUGGGACCGAUUGCACGAGGCGGAGUUGGAGAGGAGCAGAGGGAAGCGCUAAGAUCGUGCUACAGAAACAGCCUGAAGAUGGCAACCGAAAAUGGUGCACGUUCUGUGGCUUUUCCUUGCAUCUCCACUGGAAUCUACGGAUAUCCACCUGAACAGGCUGUGCACGAGGCGUUAGCAACUGUGAGGGAGUAUCUUGAUGCGCAUCAUGACAAGCUGGACAGAGUCAUCUUCUGCGUGUUCUUGCCGAAGGAUAAGGAGCUGUAUCUGCAGAACCUGCCGCUCUACUUUCCUGCUGCCUGACCUGUGGCAGCGACCUUUUGUUCAGAGGCCACAGUCAAGAGCAAACUCUAAGAGAGUGGAUUUGUCAGAUUUGGUUGCCGUGGAUACACACCGCUACACUCACAUCCAGAUUCUUCCUCCUCCUCCUCCUCCUCCUCCUCCUGUUUGCCAUUGAUGCAGAUCAAGACCUUCUUCAGCAGGAAGAUAAGUUGCAAAUGGCUGAUUGCCUUUUUGAAGGCCACACUGGCUCUCCUGCAGAUGUUGUCACUUUUUUUUUUCCCCGGUUUUUCCCACUAAUGGUUGAGGUUAGAAGAGGUGUUAUGAUGACUGUGUGAAAUGAGGCUGAUAAUUCUUAUGAAACAUGGAUUGUGAGUACUCCUAAGCUUCACUCUUCCUGUGAUCAGUGGUAGCUUUGCACCAGGCUUACCCCCCACCCCAAGUACACACACCCCACCCUCCUUCACCCUGAUUUGUCUGACCCCUGUACUACAGCAUUUGAAUAUUAUUUUAGUGUGUGCGCAUGAUUAUGACACACAUGACAAAAGCUUAUUAAAAUGAAUCUCUCA